UGAAAGUUAUGAAUGACACAUUUUGAUUUUUCUAAUCUUUCGUGUCUUUGAGACUUUGAGUACCUAUUGUAAACUGAAGGGAAUCUUUAGUAAAAUUUAUAAUAAUGGUGGAUCGUUUAGUGAAUAGUGAGGCAAAUGCUAGAAGAAUUGCUAUGGUGGAAAACUGCUUCGGCAGUUCGGGACAGCCUCUGGCGGAACAAGGCAGAGUUCUGGUUGGAGAAGGUGUACUAACAAAAAUGUGCCGAAAGAAACCCAAAGCUAGACAGUUCUUUCUCUUCAAUGACAUACUUGUUUACGGCAACAUUGUUAUAAACAAGAAAAAGUAUAACAAACAACAUGUCAUUCCCCUUGAAGAAGUCAAAUUGGAAUCACUAAAGGAUGAAGGGCAGUAUCGUAAUGGAUGGUUGAUCCGCACUGCAUCUAAAUCUUUUGCUGUGUAUGCUGCAACAGCUACCGAGAAGGAGGAAUGGAUGGCGCACAUAGAGAAAUGUAUAGAGGAUUUGCUAAGGAAAAGCGGCAAGCAGCCACCGUCGCAGCACGCAGCCGUGUGGGUGCCCGACAACGAAGCGGCCAUAUGCAUGCAUUGCAAGAAGACACAGUUCACUGUGCUCAACAGGAGACACCAUUGCCGCAAGUGCGGCUCUGUAGUGUGCGGACCGUGCUCGUCCAAGCGGUUCGUGCUGCGCGGACAGAGCGACAAGCCGCUGCGCGUGUGCCUGCAGUGCUACGACGAGCUGACGCGCGACCGCGCGCGCCCCGCGCAGCUGCAGCCCGCGUCCGCCGCCGUACCCACAAAAGGUGUAGAGGGCGCAGGGUCGGGAGGUGACUCCUCAGGUGAUGACGACAGCGAUGACGAUGACGACCGCUUGCAGCCCGACCAGAGUCACGACGAGCCAAAGUUCUACGGUGAUGGUGAAAAGACUGAUGAAACCAAUAACUAUUCGUCCAAGGAGAACAAGUGAAGAGGAAACAAAUAACAAACAAAAUAGAAUCAUCCCAAUAAAACAAUUAUUAUGUUUUUAAUAUAAAUUAUUAUAACUUUACAAUUUAGAUAUAUUAUUGCGUCGCCCUCGAUACAUAUUCCGUAAGGGCAUUAAAGUAAAAUUACAUAAAUAUUUUUUUGACAGAAAUAGCAAUGUUAGGAACGUCAAACAUGUUUGUCAAACUUUUUUGUUUCAUUAAGCAGUGUUUGGUAAACAAUUUAAACAAGGUCUCAGACGAUCAAAUUGUUUUACAAACAUGUUUGUUUUGACGAAAAGUUUAUUUGUUUACGGAGUCCUGAUGAUGAUGAUAUAUUUUGUUUUAUAGAUCAAACCUGGCCCUUGUACAACCCAAAAAAAAAUAAAGCAUUUUAUUUUUUCUUCCGUCUUGCAUUGAACACUCACUUGGAAAAACAAAUAUGAAAUAAACCAUAAAAUCACUUACAAAUCAACAAAAAAAAAGUACAUAUUAAGGAGUCCAAUUUUUAUGCCAUUAUUUUAAUCAAUAAAAAAACCUUGAUUUCAAACAGCAUGCCUUAAUGUUUUUACCUAAAACAUGCUGUUUGAUAUAGUCACGAAAAUACUCAGAUCAAUUAUUGUAUAGACUACCUCACUAGGCGUUACUUUUCUGUCAAAGUUUACGAUCAAUGAUCUAAUGCCUCUAUAAAAACUGUCUCUAUAGUAUCGAUGUUUCAUAAUUGUAAUUGUGUUUGUCGGUUAAAGAGCUCCGUAAAAAUGCCUUUUUGUGGUUGAGUGGUGUAAAAACGGACAAAAACAUCUAGUUUAGUAUAAGAUGUAUACCAAAUCUAAGCUCCUUUUCCUCAGAAAAUGACUGACAAUUUUGUUUGUGAAUUGAGGUGCAAUACUGGUCCUUCUGUAAUUGGUCUGAGCAUAAAUAGAAGAAAAACAAAAACAUUUUGCGUUUUACUUUUGUUACGUUACAUAUUCCACACAAAAAUAAAUGCCUAUAAAAAUGGCUUAACUAUGUCUAACAUUAUAGUCACUCGAAAAUUGUCACCGUAUCUGCCUUCUAUUGAUAGAGUUUGAUAAGUCUUUUAUCAAUCUACAAACUUGUGACUUUUAUCUAUAUAAAUAAUAUUUUUGUAAAAGUAAUUUUAAUUUUUGGACGAGUUGUAUAGGGUAACUUUGACUGUUUUCUUAACUACCAGAGGAAACUUUCAAUUUUCAACAUAUCUCGUAUAUAUACUUGACCCUUUUUUACUUCAACAAAUGUAAAAUAAAUUAAACUUUGAAAUUAGACCAAUGUAUCAUACAAUAAUAACACAUUUUUAUGUCAUUUUGGGAUAUUUUGACCCACUCCCUGUGGCAUGAAUUUGAAGUUUUCUCAAAUUCAUGCCAAUAACUUAAUUGGUGAAUAUUUGUAUAAAAACAUUCGUUAUUUAGUUAAUUACGAACAAUGAAAAAUGUAGUGAAUAUAGAGAAAUCACAAAUUAUUGCAUUGCCAUAGAUUACCC